CCGCCCCGUCCGGUCCGGAUCGCCAUGCCGUACCGGUCCGGAUCGCCGUGCCAGAUAAACAAACCCGUCGCGCCUGCCGUGACGCACCGGAGCAGCCACGUCUGAAGUCUCAAGUCUCAAGACUCUCAACCCAUAUUGGCGAUCGGCGCGCGGUCGUGCGGGCCUGCGGGGGAUACAAAUACGGGCGGGCUCUGGCUCUGGCUCUGGCUCCGUAGCAGGUCGUGGGAUUUUUCGUUCGAGCUCGGGACUCGGGCCUAUUGGUGUUGUGUUGGGAACCGCCACUCGCCCCGCCCCCGCGUCUCGCGUGAUAAAUUUCGUCGUGCCGCGUGUGCGCGCACGUAGGAGAAGGCCGCAGAGAAGGGGGGAAGGGCGAGAGCAGGGGAGGUACGGGGAUCAGAUGGUGGCGGGAUCGAUGAAGCACCUGGUGGAGGUGGAGGAGGGGAAGGAGGCGGCGGGCGGUGCGCCGUCGGCGGGGCCGACGUACCGGUGCGCCGCGGGGGGCAAGGGCGCCGCGCCGCCCGCCGUGCCGGGGCUCGACUGCUGCUGGGACAUAUUCCGUUUGUCCGUGGAGAGGUGCCCCGACAACAGGAUGCUGGGCCGCCGCGAAAUUGUCGACGGGAAGGCUGGCGAGUACACGUGGCUGACGUACAAGCAGGUAUACGACACUGUGAUCAAGGUCGGCGCUGCGAUCCGGAGCUGCGGCGUCGGCAAGGGUGGCCGGUGCGGCAUCUAUGGGGCCAAUUCGCCUGAGUGGGUUAUCAGUAUGCAGGCCUGCAAUGCCCAUGGCAUUUACUGUGUUCCAUUGUAUGACACCCUUGGUGCCGGGGCAGUAGAAUUUGUAUUGUGCCAUGCAGAGGUACAGAUUGCUUUUGUCGAGGAAAAGAAGAUUGGAGAGAUGCUCAAGACAUUUCCCAAUGCGACCAAAUUUUUGAAGACAAUUGUGAGCUUUGGUAAGGUCAAUCCCGAGCACAAAGAAAAAGUUGAACAGAAUGGCUUGUCCAUCUACUCAUGGGAAGAGUUUCUGCAACUGGGAGGUGAAGAGAAGUUUGAACUUCCACCAAAGGAAAAGGAUGACAUAUGCACAAUAAUGUAUACCAGUGGCACAACCGGUGAUCCUAAGGGAGUAUUAAUAUCCAACAAGAGCAUCAUUACCAUUGUUUCAGCAGUAGAUGAGUUCCUUAUCAACUCAGGCGAGGAGCUUCGCGAGGGUGAUGUUUACAUUUCUUACCUUCCACUUGCUCAUAUUUUUGACCGGGUGAUUGAGGAGGUGUUCAUUCACCACGGUGCUUCAAUUGGAUUCUGGCGUGGGGAUGUAAAACUCUUGGUUGAAGACAUUGGAGAACUUAAACCAACAGUAUUCUGCGCUGUUCCACGUGUUCUGGACAGAAUUUAUGGAGGAUUGCAAAAUAAAAUUACAGCUGGCGGUUUCUUGAAGAAGACCUUGUUCAAUGUUGCUUACAAAUACAAACAAGGUAAUAUGUUGAAAGGAAGCAAGCAUGAAGAGGCUGCUGCAGUGUUUGACAAGGUGGUCUUCAGCAAGGUGAAACAGGGACUAGGUGGCAGGGUUCGGCUGAUUCUAUCCGGGGCCGCUCCCCUGUCUAGACAUGUUGAGGAGUAUCUACGUGUGGUGACAUGUUCCCAUGUUCUUCAGGGAUAUGGACUCACGGAGACCUGUGCCGGGUCCUUCGUUUCCCUACCAAACAAUAUGUCCAUGCUGGGAACCGUCGGCCCUCCGGUCCCAUACGUCGAAGUACGCCUGGAAUCUGUCCCUGAGAUGGGGUACGAUGCGCUGUCGAGUGAGAUGCCUCGUGGGGAGAUUUGCAUAAGAGGGGACACUCUGUUCUCAGGGUACUACAAGCGAGAGGACCUCACCAAGGAAGUCCUGGUCGACGGUUGGUUCCACACAGGAGACAUUGGUGAGUGGCAGCCCGACGGGAGCAUGAAGAUCAUCGACCGCAAGAAGAACAUCUUCAAGCUCUCACAGGGAGAGUAUGUUGCGGUUGAGAAUCUGGAGAACAUCUUUGGUCAGACUCCUGGUGUUGAUUCGGUUUGGGUGUAUGGCAACAGCUUCGAGUCGAGCCUCGUUGCGGUGGUGAACCCCAACAAGCAGGCUCUGGAGCGAUGGGCAGAGUCCAACGGGGUAACUGGAGAGUUUGCCACGAUUUGCGAGGACCCUAAAGCCAAAGAGUUCAUAUUGGGAGAACUAACCAAGAUGGGCAAAGAAAAGAAGCUCAAAGGCUUCGAGCUCAUCAGGGCCGUUCAUCUGGACCCUGUGCCGUUCGACAUGGAGCGCGACCUCAUUACCCCGACGUACAAGAAGAAGCGGCCGCAGCUGCUGAAAUACUACCAGAGCAUCAUUGACGGCAUGUACAGGAGCAUGAAAUAGGGUCGUGUCGACUCAGUUGCGGGUGCAGCAGGGCACCGGAGAAUCAAAUGGACUGCCAGCUAGCGACCUCGGAAAAACUUUAACGUGAAUUUGGCGCGCAUGAUGUUAACUUGUCAUUGAAAAGUUGCAUGAUAUUAGCUAGUUUAUUGUUUUAUUGUGAAUUUGGCGUAUAUUAGCUAGUUGCAUGAAUUGGCGUAUAUAGUGAGCUGUCUGCACCCGUGUUGGUGUUUCCAUCCAAAACAAUACAUCAGAUAUGCCUGUUAAGUGCGACA